AUGGCAAAACUCGUGUUACAAUUACAAGUGAUCGUCAUCGUAUUGACAUUCUUUCUCAUUGUGAUCGACCAUCACAUAUGUGGUGCCAGUGAAGAUAUACGUAUCGACAGAGACUACCACGAUACAUUUAGUGAAAACUCAAAUCAUACAAACUGUACGGGCAGGAAUGCUAACUGUACUAAAUGGCCUGUUACCGUGGAUUCAGGAUGUCUUGAAUGUACAUGCUUGGGCCAAUACAAGACAUAUCUUCUUGACAGAUGUGUGAGGGAUGAUGAGCUGUUAGACAACUCAGACGUUAUACCAG